AUGGGAUUCCGAAGACUUUUCAGCAUCACCAGCAAACAACAGCCAACCAAGGUUGACCUCUCACCAACCUUGGAGAAGCAGCCCUCCUCACGAAAAAACCUGCUCCUUCAUAAGAAAGCCGUACUUCCUCUCCCGUUUCGUUCCAGUAGUCAUCACAGCAAACGCUCCACCUCGCCCUCCAUUCGUUGGGGUGGCGACGAGGUCAUCUCGGCUACCACAGCAGUCAACGAUCUCACCGAUGAGCAGUAUCUAGCACUGUGGUUAACCCGUAUGGAACUCUCCAAAAUUCGGAAACGAGAACGCAAAUUGGCCAAGCAACGAUUCUACGAGGGCGACGUAGGGAUUGAAGAUGAUGGCUUUGGUUUGGAAUCCUCCGAAGAUAGAAAUUCCAAACACUACCUCAUUGAGUCCUCCAUCGAAGCGGUGCUCCAAGAACAAAACAAACAGUACAUGAGCCAAUCUUGCGAUCCCGAAGAAAUUGCUUGGGUCUACUCUUUGACCUCACUGGAAUCGGGAAGUUUGGCGCACGAACGCGGUCUCACGAAUCAUUAUCAGCUACUAGAAAUAAAUCGCCCCGAGCGGAGGCGGUGGUCCACGGGUCAAGGAGCAGGGGGUCGUCAUGAUCAUGAAUGCCCACCCGGCACACGAGUGCUGCGACGUGGUUCUAUUGGUGCCUACUAA